AUGCCAGUCUACCAUGCUAGGAGUAUCGCCGUUCGCCUGGGCUCGAUGCCUCUCGCCGAGACAACCACCAGUGACGUUGUCCUUAAGAAGGGCGAAGUAGCCAAGCGACAGAGUGAAGCUGCCGAGAAGAAAAUACUACGCAGUGGCUACCUGAACGAGAAGCGCGUACUGUUCCCCGGUGAUCGCGACGGCUUCGAGCUCAAUUGGCUGGGCAAUGCACCGUUCAUGCAGACUCAGGUCAGUCCUGACUUUACUCAAUCCUCAGCGCCGGACCAAGACCCCAAAACGGCAGAACACAGCCGUCUCCAAGCGCUCACAUUGCAUGUCAAGCUUUCUGACAAGGCAUUCCUGUCCGGCUUUAACAACAAAACACACUUGAAGAUUGAAGUACUGUUCAAUGGCCAAUUGUCGACAUGCUCCCUGAUUCACACAAAUGACAUACGUUCUGGCGCCAAGUCUCUGCACCAAAUCUUCGCCGGCUAUCGAAUAGACUUCCUUGCCGAGAGACCUUGGAUCCUGCUGCCGCCUUUUACAACCGCCGACGGCGGAGUUCGGCGAUUCCGCAAGACCAUCACGCCGGCGGAGCGUUGGGAGGAAAUCAGUGCUGCGAUUCUGAAAGAAGCCGAAGAGCGAGGUACGGACAAGUGUGGGGAAUCGCCCCCAUCCGCUGCGUUCUUGCAUGCAAUGGCAAGCAUGGAUAUGCCUGAGUGCGUCAAAACCAUGCAGAAGCCGGGUGGCAGAAAGUUUGGUCUUGUGGAUGUCGUCAUUACGGCCGGCUUUGGCAGCAAAGUCACCACCGGAACAAACUAUCUAAAGCGCCCACACAGACUCAGAGAUUCGAACUACGUCGUGCGGUCCGCGAUCGCGAGGGAUGAAGAGCGUGACGCCUUCCGUGUGUUCGAAGCAUACCACUCUCCCCUUCCAGAACCCGAGUUGCACGCUCUGCAAGCGGGCUCUUUGAACCCAGCCUUGUCCAGCAUGCCACUGUCCGAGAGGACAGAUACUCGUGGAAUGAUCGGCGGUCUUCCGUCAUACAAGCUCCCGAAUGAGCUACCCAACCUUAUACCACAGACACCACCAUUCCAUGAACACUCAAGACCUGCCCAAUUUGCAACACCACUCAGGUCAUCACCGCCAACUUUCCAACUAAGAAGCUCGUCGCCCGACAAAAGUAUCGCUGCGGACGGUCUGAACCAUUAUCAGCAUAGUGUACUGAUCAACCGCCUGGUGAUCACCGGCAGGAACGGGAAGCCACUAGUCGACCACGUGUGGAAAUUACCUCAGCACAUAAUCGUGAAUCGUAAGAACGGCAAUAGUGCCUUCGUUGGAGGUCCAGCGCAGACGCCUACCUCAUCAUGUUCAGAGACGGGCGCUCAGUCUCGUGCUAGGGAGAAGAACCACUCACCCAACAAGACUUCUUGGGCAACCUUUCGGACAGCUUUACCACCAGAACAGUGGCAGUCGAACAACACUGGGCAGCCUAUUCACGAUCAAAGGCGCGACAGCGUCCAGGAUGGACAAGUUGAGCAAUCGAUGAACGUGCCGCUGCCAUACCUCAGGAGACAUCAAGGGCCUGUCAACGAGGCCAUCCCAAUCAACUCCAGGAUCGAUGUACCAGAAAUGAUUGCACCAUUCCGUCGUAACUGCCCUAGCAAUGCUUUACCAGGUAUACAGGACCUCAAAGCGACCAGCUUUCUUUUCGAUGACCCUGGGGAGGUUCUGCGCGAAGCAGCAAGGAUGAGACGUUCCAGGUCGCCCACCAAACCAGCAGCGACAGCUCACGUGCUCCAUGUCCAGCCACCAGCACACCCAGAAACUCAAAGAAGCUCGUCACCUCUGUCUAGUGUGCCUUCAUCCCCUUUGGCUGAAAAACCAGCCGAAGUAGCUGACCACACAGGUAUACCAAACCAGCUUACGCAGCUCGACGGCUCGCCGGAACGUACGCUUCCAGCAACAUCACCGCGCAAACUACCCACACCUUCACUCAAGAAGCUAUCCUUCGUGGCGCCAAAGCUGCAGGGCCCAGAUCCCGCGACCCCACAAUUAUCCAUAUCGCAAAAAUCAAAAAAGCGCAAAGCUUUGCACCAGUCGCCGACUAGGCCUCCGCGAAGCCCUGGCCGCCUCAAGACCGUGGACAACCCUCCACUGAACGAUGACUGUGUGAUUGCACUCGCCGAGAGCUUUGAUAAGAAGGAAGAGAGAGGGGUUCUGCGACAGGUCAAGGGCGAGAGACAGGGGGUGUUCAGGGAGGAGUACGUGGUGCUUGCCGUGCGGUUCUUUAUCGCUGGUGAUUGA